UUGGGGUACAUCAUAGCCUAUGUGAAGGUGCUUAAGGAUCCUACAAACUCUGGCUACCUCAGCACUGCCGGCCGAACAUCCGCUCUACAGGAAGAACAGGAGCAGGUGGAUACGCAACCGUGCUUUCGUCAGUUAAAGGUGUGGCCAAGUGCGAUGUCGAAGGGUGGCGAGGCGGAGGUAAUUUCUCAUCGCACGCAUCCUUCUUUGUCUGCGGAGUAA